AUGAUUUUGAAGAGGUUCUUAUCAUCUGUAUUGAAUGAGCCACGAGCAAAAGAUCUAGUCGAUUUAUGUAUCGUAGGAGGUGGGCCAGCAGGAUUAGCGACUGCCAUCAGAUUCAAGCAGCUUGAUAAAGAAAUGAAAUAUCGGGUUGUUUUAUUAGAGAAAGGAAGUGAAGUUGGCUCUCAUACAGUGUCAGGCUUGGUUCUUGAUCCAAAGGCUUUGAAAGAGUUGUUUCCAGAGGUUGAUGUAACUGAGUUGUUGGAUAAGGUCACUCAAGAUGAACUCAAACUUUUAACAUCCAAAAGACAAAUACCACUGCCUGUUAUCAAUCAAAUGCAAAACAAGGGGAAAAACUUUGUAGGCUCCCUAAAUAAUCUCGUUAGAUGGUUGGGCCAGAAAGCAGAAGAGAUUGGUGUUGAAAUUUAUCCUUCUGUAAGCGUUUCUGAUAUUGUCUACAACAAGCAACAAAACGGCGUUAUAGGCGUGGCUACAAGAGAUCUUGGUAUAUCCAAGGAAGGUAAACCAAAAGAUAAUUUUGAAAAAGGAAUGGAAUUUCAUUCAAGACAGACUAUUUUUGCAGAAGGCUGUCGUGGUUCUCUGACGAAGCAGUUAAUCAAAAAGUUCAGCCUUAAUGCUAAUAAUAAAUCGUAUCAAACGUAUGGACUUGGUAUCAAAGAAAUUUGGAAGGUCCAGCCUGAAAAAUUCCACAGAGGUAAGGUGUCGCAUACAUUAGGAUACCCUCUUUCAAGAAACAUUUAUGGUGGUGGAUUUCAAUAUCAUUUUGGCGAUAAUCUAGUUGCUGUCGGACUUGUUAUUGGCCUUGACUAUGAAAAUCCAUACAUUUCACCAUAUAUGGAGUUUCAAAAGUUGAAACAUCAUCCAUACUAUGCUGAAGUUUUAACUAAUGGAGAAUGUCUUUCAUAUGCUGCUCGUGCGAUUAGCGAGGGCGGGUAUCAGGCAAUCCCCAGGUUAACCUUUCCUGGUGGUCUUUUAGUUGGUGACUCAGCAGGUUUCUUAAACGUUCCCAGAAUUAAGGGAACCCACACAGCUAUGAAAAGUGGUAUAAUUGCCGCGGAGAAUUGUUUCAAAGAACUUUCAAAGGUACAACCUUUCGAAGAAGACUCACAGGAAGAUCUUAGCGACCAUCAUUUACUCAACAUAGAAUCAUACGAAAGUGACUUGAAACAAUCAUGGAUCUAUAAAGAGUUAGAAAGUGUUCGUAAUAUCAGACCUUCUUUCAACACUAAGUUGGGCUUAUAUGGCGGUUUACUCUAUUCUGGAAUUGAUUCAAUGCUGCUGAAAGGUAGAACUCCUUGGACUUUUCAAUUUGGUAAAAGUGAUGCUCUAAAAACUAUGACGACGGAUAAGUUUAAGCCAAUUAAAUAUCCUAAACCUGAUAAUAAGAUAUCAUUUGAUAUAAUGACAUCGGUAUCAAGAACUGGAACAUAUCACGAUGAUAAUGAGUCAUGUCAUUUAAGAGUCGGAUCUAAUCAAGACUUGAUAAAAUAUACUAAUGAACACUAUCGCAAAUGGGGUAACUUGGAGGGAAACUUUUGUCCUGCUGGAGUAUAUGAGUAUGUGGCGGAUGAUUCUUCCAAGCUUGGCGUCAAAUUUAAGAUUAAUUCACAAAACUGUAUUCAUUGUAAGACGUGUGAUAUUAAGGCACCCAAACAAGAUAUCAACUGGAUCGUUCCAGAAGGUGGUGACGGGCCCAAAUAUACAAUGACUUAA